AUGGGUUACUGGCUCGGCUGUAAUGGAGCUGCCUCUAUCAUUGGUUCGCUCAUCGCUUACGGCCUUUCGGCUAUCACACAUGCUGCACUGGCUCCUUGGAAAAUUCUUUUCCUCUUGUUUGGUCUGGCAACUGUCGUUACUGGUGUCUUUUACUUUUGGUAUAUGCCGGACAAUCAACUGAAUGCCAAAUUUCUCAAUGAGGAAGAGAAAGUCAUUGCUAUUGAGCGGAUUCGAGACAAUUUUCAGGGCAUUGGUAACCGUGUGUGGAAAUGGGAGCAGUUCUGGGAAGCCAUGCGUGAUCCUCGUACAUGGCUUUAUGGACUCUAUUCUCUGAUGAUGAACAUCCCUAAUGGAGGCAAUACGACCUUCGGAGGCAUAAUCAUUAGCUCGUUUGGCUUUGACUCACGUACUUCACUGUUACUCAGUGCCCCAGCCGGUGCUGUGGAUCUCGGCAGCAAGCUGUUGUUUCCCUGGCUCUCCGACUACUUCAUGGACCGGACCCUCUUUUCCGGCAUGGCCAUCCUCUUAUCCAUGCUGGGCGGGAUACUCAUGAUCGUCAUUCCGCUCGAGCACCAAGGGCCACUUCUAUUCGGGUAUUAUCUCAUCGCUACAGCGGGUGCAUCAUGGUGCCUUGUCAUGGUACUCAUCUCCAACAACACACUAGGCUACACGAAGAAGGUCACUGUCAACAGCGUUCAAAUCAUCUGUUAUGCCGCCGGCAACUGGAUUGGUCCACAGACUUUCCGCAGUAGCGAUGCUCCAGAAUACCGGAACGGCAAAAUUAUGAUUGCGUCACUUUAUGGAACAACGGCCUUGGUUCUCGUAGCUAUUCGCCUAAUAAAUAUCAUGGAGAAUCGACGCCGAGACAAGAACCAAGCCGAGUCAGGCAUUGACCUGAACGAUCCAGAGGUCAAGGCCGAGAUUGAAAGAGCAAAGUUCAUGGAUUUGACGGAUUUUCAGCAAACCUACUUUCGUUAUGUUCUAUGA